UUUUUUUUUUAAAUUCCCACAUAGAUUGGACAUAUGAAAAAAAAAAAAAAACACUUUGUCACUCAUCACCAAGGGAAAACUAAAGAACUUACUAUAAACAAUAUAAAACAGACAGGUCAUUGUGGAUCUAGACUAGUCAAGUAAAUUAUAUAUAUAAAAAAAAUACAUAAACAGUUGAGAGAUCAUUAAGCUCAAUCAGCCAAGGUCAUUAGAACUAUAAUUGGGAUCAUGUGCUGUGGACAGAUAAGACCAAAAAUAAACUUUUUUAAGCCAGGUACACCAUGUGCACAUAAAAAUGGACUGCCUACAAGAAGAGUGCCCACGGUAAAAUAUGGAUUUGGAUCAGAUGCCUUGGAUUUGUAUAGUUUUAGCCCAAAAUCGGGUUGUCUCUGCCUGGAGGUUAAGACUUGGCCAUAGAUAAUAACCACGAACAUUGAAAUCAACGCAGUCUCAGUCUCUUGAUUUAAACCCUCUUAAUCAUAUUCUGUCCACAUUUACACACCUGAGUUUCCACGCUUUGUGCCUGGUGUUUCUGGAUUAGGCUUCAGAUCCACCAAGACCCUGGUCAGGAUAAAGUGUUUAAUGAUGAUGCACAGUAUUCACAUUUUCUUAAGCUCACUUCAUGUGUAUUUCAUCAUUUUUGCUUAUUUUCCUUAAGGAUAACAACAUUUUUGGAGUAUAUCUGUGCACACGCCAAUCUGCUUACAUCAGCUGCACAUACGUCUGCUUCAAGUACUGCCACGUUUGUGCUUAUCUUCUAAACAUCAAGGAAACCAUCAUCCUGAAACACUUUAAAUAUGUUUAGAUCGAAAUAUACGUGAUGUGUUUAGUGCUUCUCAUGUUAAUUGGCUGGAUGCUGCUGUAUUGUUGUUAUUCCUGUGAGAAGUUAGUGGUUGUCUGCAUUGGUAGUGCAGUAAGAGUGGUGUAUAUUAGAAGAAAAAAAUGGCAACGAGCUCAAACUUACAUAAUGGUCAGGUUCUGCUGUUAGAUCCUAAAAACAAAAGAGUAAGAUUCUCACUCACCACUUUACAGUGACGCUCAUCGUCAUUAAUGAGAAACCCAAAGUAGAUAUAAUGGAGAGUUAAAGUUCCAGAAAGCAAUAGCUAGUGACCUGUGAUGGUACUCAUGGUGGUAUUAUAAUGAAAGUGGAAGUUUAGGAACAUUAUCUGUUUAAGCAGAGUGUACACAUGAGGAGGUGAGAUGAGGAGCUGGACAGACUUAAGGACUAAAGCGCUGCUGCAUCACUUUCUUUAGGUAGAGAUGAAGCAAGAGCUAAAUCCCACUGACACCACUCUAAGAAGGCAGUGGGUAAUGCAGGAAACUGUUAACCAACGAGAAAAUAGACUGUCAGUGAAAGAAGUCCAUUCAGAAUUUAAUUUACAGAACAAAUCCUAGAUGCAGUUGAAGAUCACGUGUUCGUAAUGAAGCUGCAUAGCCUAUGCGUGUCGUUUAGGGUGAAUCUGCUAGAUGUUUGGCUUGACAGAGGUUUGAGGUACACUGCACUUGCCAUUAGAACCCUGUGGCACAUGAGCACUCCCAUUUUAUUAGAAUUAUUUUUUUAAUAAUGUGUCCACCAAUGAUAGUAGUGGGAAGGCCGCUCGGUGCUGCUCUCCCACGCGCGUGCUGGAAUGUUGAGGUGACUCGCGCCAAAGCGGAGCGGCACAACACGCGCGAGCCGGAGAAGCAGCUGCAGCACGAGCUCGAGCACGAGCACAUUUCUGCUCGUUAAGAGAUGAGCGACGACGAGCAAAGCAAGCAGCCGUUUCUGGACGGCUCCACACCUCUGUCCCCGGCUUUGGUGGGCAAAAAACAGCCUCGCAUGCCGAAAUGCUCCCGCUGCAGGAACCACGGCUUCGUCUCGCCUCUGAAGGGCCACAAGCGCUUCUGUAACUGGCGGGACUGUCAGUGCCAGAAAUGCAAACUGAUAGCGGAGCGCCAGCGCGUCAUGGCGGCUCAGGUGGCUCUGCGGCGUCAGCAGGCUCAGGAGGAGGAGAUGGGCAUCUGCACUCCAGUGAACCUCUCUGGUCCGGACAUUGUGGUGAAGAAUGAGCCCGGAAGUGAUUAUGGCUUUGCAGUGGGAGCGAGAUCACCUUCCUCCACCAGCACUGGAUCUGCUUCUUCUCCUGCUGCCUCUGGGAGCCGCUCUUCGUUGUCGCCGAGCCCCACGGCAGCCAGCAGGGGACACACUGAGGGCUCUGCUGACCUGGUGGUGGAUGCCUCCUACUACAACUUUUAUCAGCCUUCCCGCUAUCCAGCGUACUACAGCAAUCUCUACAAUUAUCAGCAGUACCAGCAGAUGCCCAGUGGAGAUAGCCGCCUGUCCAGCCACAACAUGUCCCAGCAGUACCGUAUGCACUCCUACUACUCUGCAGCCUCCUACCUAAGUCAGGGCCUGGGCACAGCUGCCUGCAUGCCCCCUAUUUUCACCCUGGAGGACAACAACAUCUGCCCCGAGCCCAAAACUGCAGACCCAAUGUUCCCCCAUCUCCUGAAAGCCUUUACCUGUUCUGGUUCUUGAUGAAUUUUACAAGCUGCUUACCCAUGAGGGUGCCUGUCCCCCUGCACUCUCACUCCAGGGUGUCCUACGCUCCACUACAGCACAAAAGCGCUCCAGUCUGGGUGGUCUCAAAACACUGAUACUAACUACCCAGUUACUGGAGUGAUAGCAGGCUGAUGGCUUUUGCCUGUGACUAGCAUUAAACACAUAAUAUGAGACCUGCUUGCACCAGUUUGAUGUAUAAAAUACCCCAGUGCUGAAACAAAGUGAUGUAUAAAUGAUUAAAUGCUUUUGGAUUACUGUUUCAGACUAUAUAGAUUAGUGUUUAGUUGAAAUUUGUUCAUUCCAGAUUUUCUGUUUAUGUAUGUAUGAGCUCAUUUACGCAUGCAGUUCAAUUAAAUUUUAUUUGUAUAGUGCUUUUAACAAUU